UGUAGUGUAAGUAAAUCGGAGCAUAGCGAAUGUAGAUCACACGAUUUCCAAUCAAAUACUAAAAUAAACUGGUAAAGUGUACAAGAUAAUGCACGCGCAAGAGAGAAAUUCAGGGGCUGAGUGCAACGACCGAUUUCGAAUUUUCAAAAAUAUACUCGCCCAUAACCGUCAGCGAAGUGUGCAAAAGUGCCCGGCACUCACACUAUAUACUCGGCGCCAUUUUGUUCGUGGCUUUCUGUUCUGCCGUGGGUCGCGCGGCGGGGCUCUAUAAAAUAAUAAAAUAAAAAAAGUUGCCGCGAUAGAUUACCGCCCGUGUGUGCAUUGGACUGUGGAAUUAAAUAUAUAAUACUACGGGCACUACUAGAAACAAUUGCAACCUCGAAGCAGCAUUAAUAUUGCCAAGAUAAUUUCGUCGUUUCGAUUACAGAAGGUUGUCAGGUCGAGACGAAAUUCAGCCGAACAUAAAAUAUGUCUGAGCCAAUAUUGGAUCAUAUAGAUUCAGUGGAUGAAGAGUUGGAAGUUGAAUCUAAUUACAAACCACCACCAGAAAAAACGAUUGAACAAAUUCUAGAGGCUGACAAGGAAGAUGAGAGUCUAAAAAAAUAUAAAGAAACUCUUUUGGGUGAAGCUAAAGCUGGUGGAGUAAUUGUUGAUCCCAAUGAUCCCAGGAAAGUUAUAGUUAAAAAGUUAGCAUUGUGUGUAACAGAUCGACCUGAUAUGGAGUUAGACUUAACGGGUGAUUUGACACAAUUAAAGAAACAAACAUUUGUUAUUAAAGAAGGAGUUAGUUACAAAAUUCGAAUUGAUUUUGUUGUGCAACGAGAAAUUGUUCAUGGCUUGAAAUAUCUGCAAAAGACCUAUCGUCUAGGUGUACCUGAAGUGACAGUUGAUAAAAUGACGCACAUGGUUGGUUCAUAUCCGCCUAAAACAGAGAUUCAAUCAUAUACAACUUCGGCCGAAGAUGCACCGUCCGGUGUGAUGGCACGAGGCUCUUACACCGUCAAUUCUUUAUUUACCGACGAUGACAGAAAUGAGCAUUUAAAGUGGGAAUGGUCAUUCGACAUCAAAAAAGAUUGGCGAGAAUAAAACUAAGACGGUUUUGUCACAUGAAAAUGAAUCAGUACAACGACGGAACUCGUUGCCUUCGUUUCGACCAACGAUUAAAGAUGACAGUUAAGAGGGUAGGGUACAGUGAAGAGGUUAAAAUGAUAAUUUUGCUUUAUUAAAAAAAAAAUUUAAGUAAAGCAAUUGCACCAGCAUUUUAUGU